AAAUGCUCUGAUGCUGACAUCUGACAACCAGCCCCCACCACAAACCCAGAGGAAGGAAUCGCUCCUCCACCGUGUCCGUGUGAACCGAGCAGGGGCGGAAACACCCGCAACUCGACAAAUUACUGGCCUGAUGGACCGAGGGAGACUUUUGUGGCGGGACAAAGGAAAUGCGGCUUAACGAAAAGGGAGAUCUGCAUAAAGACAAUGAGCCGGCGCUGGGGUCCGCCCAGCCCCUAUUGUGCGGGCUGAAAGCUGGACACGUGUAUGGGUAUGUCUGGGGGGGCGGGGGGGAGACCACACGCCUGGCUGGCUGGGCGUCCUGUGUCAGCACCAUGGACAGCUCCCCCUCCGUUGGCAGUCACUCCCUGGGCUUUGUUAUGCUAAGCAGCACACCGGUGGCAACGGAGGGUCAACUGACGCCAGCCACUGCGCGGUGGGAAGCCAGCGCUCAGCCGGGCCCCCUUCCCUGAAGCCGCUAGAUUAAAAGGUUGCAGCAUCUCCGAAGUGCGGGGAGGUCCCGCGGCUCGGUGCGGAGGGGUGAGAGGGAGCGGUUUUCUUUCUGCCCAGGCGAUCCGAGCCCGCCAAGUUCUCCUGAAGUUAGCCCGGCUCGCCCAGCCCCGAGAUGCUGCUGGAAAGAGUCCGAGCUAGUUCCGAGAAGGCAGCUGAGAUCUGCCCCUUCAGCCGGACCCCAGAAAUCCCUCUCUGUGCCGGCUGCAACCAACACAUUGUGGACAGGUUCAUCUUGAAGGUGCUGGACAGACACUGGCACAGCAAAUGCCUGAAAUGCAGCGAUUGCCAGACCCAGCUGGCCGAGAAAUGCUUCAGCAGAGGGGACAGCGUGUAUUGCAAAGAGGACUUCUUCAAGAGGUUUGGGACAAAAUGUGCAGCCUGUCAGCAGGGGAUCCCCCCGACCCAGGUGGUGAGAAGGGCCCAAGAUUUUGUCUACCACCUGCACUGCUUCUCUUGCAUCGUGUGUAAAAGGCAGCUGGCCACGGGGGACGAGUUCUACCUCAUGGAGGACAGCCGGCUGGUCUGUAAAGGAGACUAUGAGACCGCCAAGCAGAGAGAGGCGGAGUCCACGGCAAAAAGACCCCGAACGACCAUCACAGCCAAGCAGCUGGAAACCCUGAAAAACGCGUAUAACAAUUCCCCCAAACCUGCCAGGCACGUGAGGGAGCAGCUGUCCUCAGAGACCGGGCUGGAUAUGAGAGUCGUACAGGUGUGGUUCCAGAACAGAAGGGCUAAGGAAAAAAGACUAAAGAAAGAUGCUGGGAGGCAGAGAUGGGGCCAGUAUUUUAGGAAUAUGAAAAGAUCCCGGGGGAAUUCAAAAUCUGACAAGGACAGUAUCCAGGAGGAAGGCCCAGACAGUGAUGCUGAGGUCUCCUUUACAGAUGAGCCCUCUAUGUCAGAAAUGAGUCACUCCAAUGGGAUUUACAGCAACCUAAAUGAAGCUUCUCCUGCUUUGGGGAGACAAGCUGGGACCAACGGGAGCUUCUCUUUGGAACAUAGUGGCAUUCCUGCUCAGGACCAGUACCACGACCUCAGAUCCAACAGCCCCUACGGGAUACCCCAAUCACCAGCUUCUUUGCAGGCAUUGCCAGGCCACCAACCUUUAAUCUCAAGCUUGGUUUAUCCAGACAACGGUUUAGGCAUCAUAGCUCAAGGUGGACAAGGCGUGCCCCAGCCAAUGAGAGUCUUAGGUGGGAAUGGACCCAGUUCUGAUCUCUCCACGGGGAGCAGUGGAGGGUAUCCAGACUUCCCUGCCAGCCCUGCCUCCUGGUUAGAUGAAGUUGAUCAUGCCCAGUUUUGAUACAGGACCCACCACAAUAUGGGGAAAAGACUUCAGGCUACUAAGCAUCAUCUACUGUUGAGAAUAAAAUAUGGGGCAAAAAAUGACUUCUGAGGAAAAAGUAAGAGAGUUACAUGGAGAAAGAAAGGCAAAUGUGCUCAAGAGGUUGGCCAGCCGUGGCUUCGCAAGACAAUUGACCAAGGAAUCAUGUCAGAGUGACUGGCUUAAGAAAAGUCCAAGUGAAACUGCUCAGUGUGUCUACAGAACACUCCGGAACACCAAGACUCGUGCUUUACAGAGCUGAUAACGUAUUUUGUUUUCUGUUGUCAGUUCAUUCUCCAAAGCAAUGACUUGCUUCAUCACUUACUUACCCCACAAGCUUUUUUAAAAAUAAAGAUCUCAUCCGUUGUAAAAGAAGCGACAAUGUUUAUAUUUCUACAGGAGAAAGGUGAACAAUGAAUAAUCUCUUCACAAAUUCAUGGUAGAAAACCAUGUACCUAUUUCUCUGUUCUUCCAACAGGUUAAAAAAAAACAGUGACAGAGUAAGGCUUUUUUGUUUUAUUUUUGAAUUUAUAUUAGCUUUUCUAAAUUUAAAUGGUCGUUAAUAUGCCAAUCAUUUAUUAAUAAUCAUAUUUUCCUUUAUACUAUGAGGACCAUGUGUUAACUUUGCUUUUCACCUUUUUAAUUUGUAGAUUGCUAGCUUUAUUCUUUCCACAUAAAUGUUAAACUGUGAAUAGAUGUAUUUAUUAUCAAAUAACCACUGUUUUCCAACAGGGUCAAGAAAACUCUUGAUCCAAGAAUAUUGGUCUUUCUGGAUUGUUAAACUAAUGUUUUUCUUUACUGAUUCUUCUAUGACAAAUUUAUUGCAAAGCUUUUCAAAGUUGCAUCUAAUGUCUUGUUGCCAAAUACCGUCUCAACAUUUUGUUAGGCUUGGUUUAGUUACAACUGUUCUUCAUAUAUUGUUGGGGAGGCAUCCCAAUGAGCAUACUUAUUUUCACCACCACUACACUUUCUCCAUUCUAUGCAUUUGUGUAUUUCACAGCAGAUAUAGUGAAAACUGAUUGUGAAGAAAGGCAAAACAAUAUGUAUACUGUUACCUGUAAAAUUGAAUAUUGAUUGUAGAUUGUGUAUGUCCAGUGUCUUAUUUAUAUUCUCUCUCUCUCUCUAAUGAUCAA